AUGAGUACUGAAUUCACAAACUUUUGGUCUGCUGUUCCUCAAGGACCACCCGAUCCUAUUUUGGGUGUAACCGACGCAUUCAAGAAAGAUACUGCUCCUAACAAGGUCAAUCUCGGUGUCGGUGCUUACCGAGACGAGAACGGAAAGCCCUAUAUCUUGAAAUCAGUCUUGAAAGCAGAAGAUAUCUUACAUCAAAAGAAAUUGGACAAGGAAUAUCUACCUAUCACCGGUGCCCCCGAUUUCAUCAAACUGGCAUCUGAAUUGGCUUAUGGAAAGGAAUCAAAACCUUUACAAGAAGGAAGAAUUGCUGUCGCUCAAUCUGUAUCUGGAACAGGUGCAUUGAGAAUCGCAACUGGUUUCCUUGGCAGAUACUACUCAGGACCCAAAGUUAUUUAUCUCCCUGACCCAACUUGGGGAAAUCAUGUUCCAGUAGCUGAACAUGAGGGUAUCAAAGUGGAGAGAUACAGAUACUUUGACAAGAAGACAAUUGGCUUGGAUUUCAAUGGUAUGAAAGAGGACAUCAAGAACGCCGAAUCAGGAUCAAUUAUUCUCCUUCACGCUUGUGCCCAAAACCCUACCGGUAUUGACCCCACCCAUGAUCAAUGGAAAGAAUUGAGCGACUUGAUCAAAGCUAAGAAGCACUUGGCCUUGUUCGAUAUGGCCUACCAAGGAUUCGCGUCUGGUGAUAUCAUCAAAGAUGCUUUCGCUGCAAGAUACUUCGUCGAACAAGGACAUCAAAUCUUGUUAUGUCAAUCUUUUGCCAAGAACCUUGGGCUUUACGCUGAAAGAGCAGGUACAUUCUCAAUGAUUACUUCCUCUCCUGAAGAGAAAGAAAGAGUAUUGUCUCAAGUGAAACGAGUCAUUCGACCAUUAUACUCUAGCCCCCCAGUGCAUGGUGCCCAAUUGGUAGCUACCAUUCUUGGUACGCCCGAAUUAUACGAACAAUGGCUCGGCGAGGUCAAGAAGAUGGCUGAUCGAAUUAUCUCUAUGAGAGAAAAACUAUACGAUUUACUUGUGGAGUUGAAGACUCCUGGUGAUUGGGGUCACAUUAAAUCUCAAAUCGGCAUGUUUUCUUUCACCGGUAUUUCAGCCGAACAAGUACAAGCCCUAGCCGAUCAUGCUCAUAUCUACAUGACUAAAGAUGGUCGUAUCUCAAUGGCAGGUUUGAAUGAACACAACAUUCAAUACUUUGCUGAAAGUUUAAGUAAAGCUGUCAAAGGUGAAUUACAAUCGAAAUCUUCCCUUUAA